CUUGGUACGUUCUGCUUUUGCCUGCCAGAGCUGGAAGGGGAGCGAGCAGCCGGAGUUGCACCCUCGCGCCUCGCUGGAGGAGAGCGAGCGAGCCUCAUUGCUGGACCACUCCCUGAAGAUGAUGAGAAGCGCCCCGGGAGCUGGGACGCGCCUCUGUGACCGGCUGUGAUUGCGCCCCGGGGUGGCCCUUGGGACGGAGACCGACCGACCUCCCGCGCUUGGACUGUCGUCUGAAGGCGAUGUCAGGACCCGAAGCGCACAGUCACAACCGGAGGCUGCCCUCUGACAUGGAAAAUGGGCAGCGGGGACUAGAUACGGAACAGCUGCAGCAACAGCAGCUCAAACUCCGCGAGAGGCAGAGGUUCUUUGAGGAGGUUUUCCAGCAUGAUGUAGACUUCUUCUUCCCAGUGUCCCAUCUACAGAUAGAACACAGGAGACCUCCCUUAGGCAGUAUUUCCUCUAUGGAAGUGAAUGUGGAUAUGUUGGAACAGAUGGACAUGAUGGACCUCUCUGACCAAGACACUGUGGACGUGUUCCUUGGUUGCGGGACAGAGGACAACAACAAUGUAGCCACUCUUUUGCCAGAUGCCAACCACUACCAGGAGGAAAUUUCACUGCAAGUGCCCAACACAGCUGAGACCAAAUCCCGGAUCUCAUCCACAUCCUCUGCUUCUACGGACCUGAACAGCCUCGACACCAGUGAGGAAGGGGCUGAGACCCCUGUGGUGCAAUCGGAUGAGGAGGAGCUUCAGCAAGAGAGUCCUGAAGAACAGGAGACCAAGAGCUAGCUCUCGAGGGAUGGAGGGGAUUUGGCCAAGUUCUCUGCAUCCACCCCACUGCAUGGAACCCACCAGCCCAAGAUGGUGAAGGAAUAAGCCGGACUGACUUUUUGACUCCCAUUGAGUAAACCCCAUCAAGGCUCUCUAUGUCUCAGUUGUUGUAAUUGGGAGGGUUUCCUCCCCUUGCAGAAUGGAGAAGGCAACAAGCAGAGGAAAAAUGGGGGUGAGGCAAGGGAACUGUAAAAUAUAUCUCACUCAUAAAAAUUGUAACUCGCCAGGCUUUCAUGGCUAACACUCCUGCUUCCAUCACCCUGACUACUCAGUUCACUGUGAGCCCCAACACACACACACACACACACAACAAAUGUUUAGCUGUAACAUAACAAAAUUAUAUUCGUUUCUGAAACAA